AUGGAAAUGAUGGAGAGCUGCCAGUUCUCCCCAUCCGAAUUCUUCUACGACAGCUCCUGCAUCCCUUCUCCAGAUGGGGACUUCGGGGACGAGUUUGAGCCCAGAAUGACCUCUUUCGGAGCCCACAAAACAGAUCUCCAAGGCUCAGACGAAGAGGAGCAUGUGCGAGCCCCGACGGGUCAUCACCAAGCUGGCCACUGCCUCAUGUGGGCUUGUAAAGCCUGCAAGAGGAAGUCCACCACCAUGGACAGGCGGAAGGCGGCCACCAUGCGGGAAAGGCGGAGGCUGAAGAAGGUGAACCAGGCUUUUGAGACGCUUAAGAGGUGUACUACGGCCAAUCCUAACCAGAGACUCCCCAAAGUGGAGAUCCUCAGGAAUGCCAUCAGAUACAUUGAGAGCCUCCAAGAACUGCUGAGGGAACAGGUUGAAAAUUACUACACUCUGCCGGGACAGAGCUGCUCUGAACCCACCAGCCCCACCUCCAACUGCUCCGAUGGGAUGGCUGAAUGCAACAGCCCCGUGUGGUCCAGAAGAAACAGCAGUUUUGACAGUGUCUACUGCCCUGAUACGACAAAUGUUUCCUCCACCAACAAAAAUUCCACAUUAUCCAGUUUGGACUGCUUAUCCAGCAUAGUGGAUCGGAUCUCAUCCUCUGACCAACCUGUGUUGACUCUGCAGGACCCUGUUUCUCUCUCUCCAAUUGCCAGCACUGACUCUCAGCCAGAAACACCAGGGGCCCCUAAUUCCAGGCUCAUCUAUCAUGUGCUAUGA